AUGUCCAGCUCCUCAGGCUCCAGCAGCUUCGGCUCCGGAAACCCUCGACCCAGCAACGGGUCGGGUCGUUUCGCACCAGCACGCAACAAGAAAUACAUCCUGUUUGUCGGAAACCCCGGCACCGGCAAGAGUACCAUGGCAAACUCGCUGAUCGGCCAAGUCGCCUUCCGCAGCGACGUCAGCAUCGGCACCGGCGUCACCACCCGCCUCGAUUCCCACACCAUCCGGGACGGCACCACCUUCCUCGAUACCCCUGGCUUGGACGACAUCCAGCGACGAGAGCAGGCCGCCGCGCAGAUCAAGGAAGGGCUGAUGCAGGGCGGCGAGUAUCGCAUCUUUUUCGUCCUGACCCUCGAAGGCGGCCGGGUGCGGCCAGCCGACAUUGCCACCAUGCGAACGAUCCUGAAUGCCAUCCGCGAGCCCCAGAUCCGGUACUCGAUCAUCAUCAACCAGGUCACCAAGCGCGUGCGCAUGAUGCUCGACGUCGAAGAAAACUACACCAAGCUCUUUGCCCUGAUCAACUCGGAGGAAUAUCCCACCGAGAGCAUCUUCUUCAACGACUUCGACCCCGGCCUCGUCGACCGGGCCAAUGCGCUCGUGAAUGCCAGCACCGAGCUCCGGAGUUUCAUCGAGGCCGCGCCCAGGUUCAGCAUCGAUCCGAGCCACGUCGAGAGCUUGGAUCUCCGGAAAAUCGAGGAGUAUCAGAACGAGGUCGAGGAGCUGACCAAGAACAACCAGCUUCUGCAGGAGCGAUUCGACAACAUCACCCAGCAGCUGAGCCAGCAGCAGACCAACAUGAAUACGCUUGGCACACAGCUCCGGGCCAGUCAGCAGGCACACCAGGAGCUUGCCCGUCAUCACGAACUCGAGCUGCAGUUUGCGAAUCUCCAGCUGUCCGAGCUCGCAAGCCAGCUCUCGUCUGCCAACGAAAGGGCCAGCGAGGCGCAUGAACAGGCUCGAUCGGCCCGGGUCGAGGCCCAGCGAGCAGUCAGCCGCAGCCAGUCCGUCGAGGCGGCGGCCCAGAGCCUCAGAUGGCAGCUUGAAGCCGCUUCGGAGCGCCAGUCGUAUGGCUCGCCGCAGCCCAUGUUCCGACGGCCGUUUAUUUCUCCCGAGAGACUCUACGAGCACCUUCUGCCAACGCCCAGCCCCCGCGCACCAAGCUCGCCUGGGCUUCGUUCAUUCGGCACUUCCAGUCCCUCUUGGAAUGGCUUUGGCGACGACAGCGACGACGACAGCGACGACGACGAUGGACGCUGCCAUGCCAUCAUCCGAUACGGUCCGAAUGCGGGCGAGCGCUGCAGCUUCAAAGCGAGAAGCCGCGGAUUCUGCGGCCACCAUGGCGGAUGAUCGAUCCAGUCUCGUGGUGGUGUCCG